UUUUGUGGCAUCCACACGAGCUGCAACCAGAGAGGGCUCUCCGCGAGUCAAGUCGGAAGCGUUUUGGGGCUGAGGCCUUCUCCAAGUCCGGGUAAACAAUGCCAGUGGCCUAGUGCCAAUCGAGCGAACUUCCAGACCCCCAGAGGUCACCGAUUAGGGCGAAAGCGUUGCAGAAGCACUAUUAUCCAGGGGAUUCACGUGUGUGCUACCAUUUCUUCAGUGCCAGGAUGGAAAAGUCGUUUGCCGUAACGCCCUGGAAGUACGGCCUACUGGCCACUUGCGUUCUUAUUGUGACUUGUAACGUGUUCUUCUUCUCCUGCGGAGUGGUAACUUGGGGCUCAGCGGUCUCCACCUAUGGCAGCUACGGCGCGGCCCUUUGCGGAGUGGCCGUCUUUGGAGUGGCCUUCCUGGGCAUGUACGUUGCCCUGAAGGUGUCCUACAAGUAUUCCAUAUACUACUUGAUCUGCAGUGGGCUGGUGAUAGCCGCGCUGGGCUCCUACCUCUUCGCCUUCACUGCGAUGCGGGAGGAGCUGAUGGCCAGGUUCACGGAGCGCAUGCGCGACCUCUUCGAGCAGAAGACGCACAGCGACGACAAGAUGCAGCCGGUGCACAGUCUCUUCGGCUGCUGCGGCCUGGAGGGUCCCCAGGACUAUCUCAAGGAGGAGCACGGUGCUCUGCCCAGCAGCUGCUGCUACGCCUUCGACUGCUCCAAGCCAGCUCACGUUUUCGAGGAGGGCUGCUCCACCAAGGCCGCCGGCAAUCUGAGGGCGCAGGCGGACCUCAACUACUACAGCUGCAUGGCCAUCAUUGCCCUCGAGUUUAUGGGCUUGUUCACUGCUUACCAUUUGGGCAAGGCUCGCAAAUAUGCCAAAACCAAAAUAAAGGACGAGGAAACCCCCAUCAACGACUGAUGGCCGAGGACACCCCAGCAUGAAUAUUGAUGUUAAAAGUUAACCGAAUUAGCUUAUUCGCCAUUAGAAAAUAAAUACUUUCCAUAGCCUAAUCGA